GUGACCAAGCCUUUAUGAGCGUGUUGUACUCUGCUCUUGUCACAUGUUUACCUGAUUUUCUGUGUUGUUUAUUCGUGGCGUUACCUCUUCCCUAUUUAUCGCUUCUAAAUAUCACGACAGUCAUGUUUGCGUACGUUAGGUACUUGUACGACGACAUGCGCGUCGUUGUUUCUGCGAACACCAUCAAGAACUUUCCGUCCGACAUCGAUGUCACUGACUUCAACGGGAACACUGAAUACCCCGUGUACCCUGUUUACUGGAGAGGCGACAAGAAAACUCUCGGGGGCUACUAUGACGCACAAAUUAUCUUUCUGGCAGAUGAUGAAGACGACGCUAAGACUGGCGGAGAACGAAAACGACUUGGGAAAGCCCCUAGGCGGGAAAAAGAACCACAUCCGACGAAAGACAAAAAGACAAGCGCUGGAAAACGGAAGCAUAUGGAGCGGUGCAAACGUAGGCUGGAGCUCGGCCUUCUUGACGAAUUAGAUGAAGACGAUGAUGACUGCCUUGUACUACAGUCUGAAGGAAGGAAGGUGGAAAAACAGCUGGCACGCUGCCAAAGGGAGCUUCAUCGUUACAGAAAAGCUAACUUAGACCUCCAGGAAGCUCUGGCUGCAAAAGUGAUCGAGGCAGAUUUCCUGAGGACAUCACUUCACUGUGGUUGCUGCCAACGACAUGUGAUGCCAGGUGGUCAGGUCCACAAUCAGCCCGUAGUGGUCAGCAGCUUUGAAGAUUCUAAUGUCAAAAUCCACCCAGGAGCUACAGCCGGCAAGGGCGUUCUCAGGUGGGGUGGUGACUUUACCAUCCCUGAAACCACCAUUAGUACCCUUGAAGGUGGAGCUGCAACAAGUAAGGUCGUUGCCAAGCGGGUUGAUGACUGUCCCAUGCCUAUAACCGGCAUCAGUGCCUUCGAAGGAGUUACAACAAGCAAUGACGUUGCUGGGCAGGCUGACUCUGUAACAUGUGGCAUGGCCUGGGAGACUGACAGUGGAGGCGCAUUGGAAACUGGCAUCGGAAUCCCUCAGGAUGCCGCAGAAAUGGAGCGGGAACCUUUGAUGUGCAUCGGAAGUCCUGGUAAGGACUUCUUUAAUGUAUUUAGUCUUGUUGUAAUUUUAUUGUGCAAUGUUAACAGUGUCCUGAUGUGGCUGCAGUGCAGACGGCAUGAUGCGAUACCCGCAGAAAUGCUCAACGUGGCUUUGGCGUCACAAGUGAUAGCAGGCAUAACGUGGAAUGCCAGGAGGAACGGUUUCACAGUGGAUCAGCUGGGAAGCAUUGCAUUGCUUCUCCAACCGGUAUCUCGUUUCUUCAUCCAUUUAUUUGCAUAUAACAUGUCGCAACCAGAAACACGCUUUUUGUUGGUACAACACUUAGAUUGUUCACUUCCUGAACAACCUUAGAUUUCUUAAAUUGGGGGUUUGCGAAUAUUUUAAAUUUUGGUAACGAAUCAAUUUUUUUAAAUAUUUGCAUUCAAUUCAAUUUCAUUCAAUUUCAUUCACGACAUUUGUGCAUUGGGGGCCCAGAGGAGAGUUCCAGGAUUCAGUGUCACUGUAUCUCCUAUGUCAUGGCUGUGGCCUGUUGUGCAAGUUGUAUUUCCAAACACAAACCAAAUAAUUCCUUGUUACAGAUGCAGUAUGCAUGCUGAGAUUCCAAAGCUGAAAUGAAAUUAUAUUCAAUUCCCAACAUCUGUCCUGACCUGACUGUGUACUUUCACGAUGCAACUGUUCACUUCCCUUAUAGUGCUUUAUGACUGAUCACGAUUCAAAUAAAUUUUCAGGGCAACCUCUCAGUGGGGGAGAAGACAAGGUCGACAUAGGAGGCUCCAUUUUAGUUGACAACUCCCGGUGGGUCACUGUUCUGUCCCAAAAAGAGGACAGUAUGUUCCUGAAGGAAGGAAUGGUUGCUAUUUGGGGCUCAGCGGUCCUAAAAAACAGGACUGUAACAGGAACGCUUUCCAACAAGGCUAAGGCAAAGGGGCAAACCCAUGUCGCUCCGGCGCUCACACCAAAGAAGUUGGAUGCACUGAAAGGUGCCUACCUACAACGCUUGGAAGCCAGGGGCGAGACUGCAGAGGCCAUUGGCAAAAAAAUGUCCAAAGUUCGAGCGACGUUAAAUGACAAAUUAAAGUCUCUGAAGAAGCCCUA